AUGCCAGUUGACCUGAAUGGGUAUUGGAAAAUGAUCUCCAAUGACAACUUUGAGGAGUACAUGAAAGCCCUCGAUGUAAAUGUUGCCAUUAGGAAAAUUGCCAACUUGUUGAAGACUGACAAAGACAUCAGUGUUGAUGGUGAUCACAUGGUCAUCAAGACCCUCAGUACCUUUAAGAACUACAACAUGGAUUUCCAUGUUGGCAAGGAAUUUGAGGAGGAUCUGUCAGGGGUCGAUGACAGAAAAUGCAUGACAACUAUCUCAUGGGAGGGGGACAAGCUGGUGUGUGUUCAGAAGGGAGAGAAGGAGGGCCGAGGCUGGACCCAUUGGGUGGAGGGAGAUAAGCUUUAUUUGGAGCUGAGAGUUUGUGGAGUUGUGUGCAAGCAGGCUUUCCAGAAAACCUAAACCAGCACUGGAACAACAGAACGGCGCUCCCGGCCUGAGAGGGCAAGACAGACAUGAACAUGACCCGAGCCUGUGACAGAGAACCCCUAUUGUAAUCAUCUGUCUGCCCAUCCAUCCAUCCAUUCUUCCUUAUUUCCAUCCAUCCUUUUACAUUUAGUUCCAUCAAGACUGUUACAUUGCCCCACGCAAACUAUCCAAAACAGAGGAGAUGUAACAAAAAGGAAAACAACUGUUCAUCACUGUACUGUAACUCUGUUUCAGGGCGGGUGCUCAAUUGAUUAACAUGUUAUAUGUGUGUGUACGCAUUUGCACUGCAGUAGGUGUGGUAGGCUUUGUGAUUAGUGCCUCAAUCUCUGAUGAUGCACCGGACUGGUGGUAAGCUUGACCACUACCAAGGAAGGUUUCAGUGUAAAGUCAACUAAUAUUUGGGCCAUGAGAGAAGCAGUGAAAUUAAUUCAAACAUACAAACUUUGGAUGCUACAUUUUAGGAUGCAUAAAGAAAUGAAAAAAUCUGUAUAGAAAAGAGUGAAGUAAAUAAUACAAAUACAUGUAAGAAGAUGCAGUGACCAGGAACACUGGAUAUGAAAAAGACAAGUGGAUUAUUCGUUGGAUUCAUGAAAUUGAAUGUAAAAAAUGUAAUUUCAAAAAUCCACAGUUUGUCUCUUUGUGUCUAAAAAAUCCACUCUUACCUGUGAUCAUCCCGAGGGAUUUGAAAAGUACCCUUUCCAAUCCCAGUGACAUAUAGACCUCUGGAGACAGACAGACCUACCUCUGGAGACAGACAGACAGACAUGGAGAGAGAAGAAAAAAGGUAAUCACUCAUUUUGGCUAAACCAAUCAAAUCAAUACAUUUGAAUCUAUAAAGCCCAACAGUUAUCACAAAGUGCUUUACGUGGUCUAUACCCACAAUUCUGGUUUACAUAAUCAAUCAUUCAAUGAGCAGCCCAUUAAGCAAUCUAUCAAACAGUUAUCAUCACUAGCCUUCUCAUACCUUUUUACUUUGCUUAGUCAGCUGCACUGGCGAUUUUAGCAUGUAAAUCUUGGUGGGGCAAAAAAAAGAAGGCGGGAUGCGUGCCAGCAAAGCCACUAUAACUGUGACAAACAGUGCCCACAAACUGUUAGGGCUUACAUAAAGCUGUCCCAACAGCAGAGUCCCAACACAGUACCACCGCUACACCUGGCUUUCAGCGGAGCCUUGUCUGGCAGCAAAAUAGUAAAUUCAGCCUCAUUUAUUGCCUUUUAAAAAACAUAGCUGAUAUGGCUGACUUGCUUAAACAAAUGUAGUUUCUUAUGAAAAUUGAGAUGUACAAACUAUGGCAUAAGGGGACGACAUAUAUCCAACAAGUAAUCAAACAAUUCCACAACAACUACUUAAUACACAUGGAUGGAAUAAGAAUAUGUACACAUAAAUAUAUGGAUGAGCGAUGGCUGAGCGGCGUAGGCAAGGUACAAUAGAUGGUAUAAGAUGCAGUAUAUACAUAUGAUAUGAGUAAUGUA